GUGUCUAAUGUCAAAAUAAACUGUUGGUGUAUCACACAUAAUAGGUAUUCGUCUAAAUUUUAACGUGAAUCAUGAAUCGGAUACACUUGGCAAACCGAGGAAGUAUAGGUCCCGAGAAGUCCGUAAAAUCCGUGCAACUUGCAUCUUCCCUAUUUCAAGCAAAGAAACCCAAGGACGCGGCCAAGAAGUCAGCUACUUCUCCUGGUUUAUCAGAUACUAAAGCGGAAAAACCCAAAUCUGAGGAACGUCGAAGUAUAAAAUUAGCGAAUGCUAGGUCGCAAAUUGUGGGAAAAGCCGCUUCGGAUCCAAAGCCUAAAACAUAUGUGAAUGCUUCUCCAGCAACGGGUUCUUCUAGGAGAAGUGGAACCACUAGGAACACUACUUCCACCGGGGCUAAGCCGUUCCUCAUUCCCCUCAAAGUUUCAAGUUCAGUGACCAGUCGUAUUUACCGAUCCCCCCGUUCCGGAGCAUUUCAUUACCACCUCUCCCAGUUGGAGGAGGACGUGUUUGGCCAAACUGUGCUCCGGCUUCCCAUGAAGUCGGUGCCUUCGGCGGAGCUUCAGUUGCUGCGGGACGGUCAGCGUGCCACUUACUUGGAGAGGCGGUACGAACGGAGCCCGGACGACAAGUACAACUAUCCCGAGGCGACUAGCUGGCGAUACGGCUGGUUCCACCGGGAGUCCGAUCCCUUCCAGAAACGGUUGCCCAGACGAGAUUAGGCUGUCUUAAGUAUCAAACACUGUAAUAUAUAUGUGUCUUAAUAAAAGAGUUAAGUAUUCAGUAAGUAACCAAA